CAAGCAAACAGUGACGAAUAAAGAGUCCCUUUUGUGAAGAUGACCACGUGUUCAACUCGAGAUAUGCUAGUGAUGUCAUCCGUUUGAUAGUGCAAGCAUCUGUGUGACUACACUGUCUAGAAAUGACUAGUCGCUUGUUCAACCGGAAACUACUCAUCAUCUUUCUUUGCUGCAUUGAACCCGGCGAGCAGCCUUCUGCAAAUGGCCAUGCCUUUCUCGACACCACGUGUUUUCUUGAUGUCAUCACACCACGGCAAAACAUAAAAAACAACACAGUCGUUGUUGAAAAGGACGGCAAACUUGUGCUCAGAUGCAGUUGCUUCUCUCUCUAUUCGUCUAGUAAAGAUUCUAUAAAAUGGCUGUGCAGUAAAGCGUCGUUGCAAGACUGCGCUACGCCACGCACAAGGAGCACGAGUCCUCACGACAUUGAGAGUGUUAUGACAAUAGAAAGUGUAGAUGACAAUGUUAGUAGGAUAUGUUGCGUCAGCUCGACUUCAGAUCAUUUCUGCGUUAAUGUUACGAUCGUCUCUCCCAUCUUUCUACGAGUUGACGUCACUGUGACGUCAGAUGACACUGUGACGUCAGACGACACGGUAGAUUCAAGUAAAGAGAAUCGUGAUAGAAAAUUUCCGGUUGUUGUAAAUUGUACAGUCGAGACAGACAACGAGAACGUUCGUGACAAUGCACAGUUCAUUCCAAAAGCCGACGGUAUGACAUAUCAUGUUCAUUACUCUCAUACAAGCAGCUGGAAUGUAAAAAAUACAAGCGAGACUUUAUAUUGUAAAAGUCAGGAAAUGAAGAUGGAAGUAGCAAAUGGAAGUAUUGUAGAGUGCAAACUACAGCCCUUGGAUGGCAAUUCAUUUGGUCCAAGAGGCGAGAGUAGCACCACAUUUCGUCUGUUGUCUUCUGAGUUUCCACUUGUAACUGCAACUCCUUCUGCGACAACUAACGCUAAAACUGAAUUCACCGAUCACACUGAUACUGAUCACACUGAUCAAACGCCGGAAUCACAUUUGCCAGCUUCAGCUAGUUCUGUCAAACGAGGGACGAGUACUGUUGAAACUGGAAACAAUGAUGAAGAGUCGACGUCACAUUCGUCGACAACACAGAUGAUAUCGGAUGCAGUUAUCACUGUCAUUUGCGUCCUAGGUUUUUUCGCUGCCCUAGCCUUUCUUGCAUUAUGCUAUAGAUAUAGACGUCGAGUGUGUGGAGGUGGUACACAACAAGUGGAAAGUCAAGUCGCAGCCGGACCGCCUAGUACAACAGAACGUGAAGACGGCGAAACAUUCAGGAAACUACUAGAUAAAGGGAUACAUCAUCUAGACAGUAUAGACAAAGGGAUACAUCAUCUAGACAAAAGGAUAGAUCAUGUAGACAGAAGAGCCGAUGAGCGUCAUCUCGAGUCGACAGCUAUAAUGCUAUCGAAUGGUGCAGCUGGUGACCAAAAGAAUGAGCCGCAGCCGUCCGGAAGUUCUAAAAUAUUAGCGUGCCCGGAAAACAGCAAAAGCGUAGGCACGGACGUCUAGCUUCACUCUCAAAAUUUGCUCAAACUUUGCUGUAGAUAUGAGUUCAUGAUCAUGCAAUAGAGAUACCAGAUUGUACCCGCUGCAAGAAUGAUCGGUCUAGUAGGAUGGCCAGCAUUUGAGUGUACAUACAUAGAUAGU